GCAGGAACGACGCCGUCGCACACUUUACGGCAUACACGUGCUUCCUGGGCUCUUCCGUGUCCUUCACCGCUCCUCGUCGGAUCCAGAGACGAUCUUUGAUCAAAUCUGAGUGAAAUCAUGGCCAAAUUGAGCAAAGAGAGCAAGCAGCGGCUGCAGCAGGUGUUCCAGUGCGGUCAGUUCAUCAUCCGCUGGGGCUUCAUCCCCACCGUGCUGUACCUGGGAUUCAAGCGGGGAGCCGAUCCAGGGAUGCCUGAACCCUCAGUCCUCAGUUUGCUCUGGGGAUGAAGACGCUCCUGAUGGAAACUAUAGACCAGUCCACAAACUCCAUGAAGACUCAUCCUUCAUCUCAUCACCGGACGCUCGCUCGGAUCUGAACUCUGUGCUGGGAUGUAAAUACUUCACUGUCACGUCCACCCAACGCUUUUGUGUUAUUUUAAGACUUUUGCAUCCUCUUUUUCAAACAUUGCAUUGAGAAACACACAAAAUGUUUUCUUUGGUUUUUUUAUUGAAUCUAUGAAGAUCAUUGUAAACAAAUCAGCAUGUUCUCCCGUUCAGUUUCAAAUAAAUUAAACAAGUUCAUAAAUAUAUGCAUCAGCACUGAUUUUCAGUAUCGUGCAAAUGAGAAAUCCCAAUUUGCAGUAAAUAGGAAUUACUGGCACAUAAAUAUUGCAUUUAUAAAUAUCAAUGUUGCACAACAUUCAAUAAGUUAAAAGUACAGACUCAUAAAUAUUAAAAUUAUUCUGCCCUGAAUUAAAUAUAUGCAAUGGUCAAUAAAUAAAAAUAAUAGCUGAAUAAAUUAGUUCUUGUCGGUGCUCCAGUC